UGGACUCCGAUACCAGCUCCGUGAUACCCGCGCGCUCGGUGCUCCUCUCCCUCGGACCGCUACAGUGAUCCAUCCUCUUUACUAUCGACCUCUCUUUCUCUCUCUCUCUCUCUCUCUCUCCUUCCUCCUUCGCUCUCAUUCGUCCUCUUAAUUUGCCCCCUUUUCUCCUCCUCGAUCGUUUCAUCGAACUCUCCGCGGCCGACGGAGGUCUACGUCGGUGAAAAUCGAAUCCGAGGUGCGUGCCACACACACACAUACACACACACACGCCGAGGAGUCACGCUCGAAGCAACAGAGCGAAGGAGCCUACCAGCGGGGAAAACACCACGAGAUCGAUAGUGUCGUGGCAACGACGUUUCAGACCACCCUGCCAGCCGGUGCUCCGCCAGAAGCACCGCUGAGAACGGCUGUGCGUCGAGAGAGAAAGAGAAAGAUCGCUACCCUCUUCGCGCUGGAACUGGUCCCGCGAAGGACGAGCGACAGGACGAGGUUGCCUAAACGAGAGAGGAUCAUCGGUCUUCCAGAGCCGCGCGGUCACUCGGUCGAUCCCCGGCAUGGAUCAUCCGCUCUGACGUCGGCCCGACGAUCCUCGAGCUGUCAGCGCGCGAUAGAGAGAGAGUGUGUCUUCCCGCUGGGGUGGGUGAAGCACGUGUGUGCGCAUUCAGUGUUUCCCGGGGUGCGGAGCGACUGCCAUCGGAAAAAUCUCGCGCGAGACCGCCCGAGAGCGAAAAGGACGAGGAGCGCGGGAACACGCGCGGUUCAGAGCACAGCGAGCACCCGAGGCGACGUCAAGUUGGAACUAUGACCAGGUGGAGCGGGAUCGUCUCGCGACGGCGAAGCGUCGACGGCCACCUAAUGGCGAUCGCACUGUUGGUACUGUGCGCGAACACGGAAGCGGCGCCGUCCAAUGUCAUGAUCAGCGACAACACCGCCGCGAAUUAUUUAUCGCAAUACGGGUAUCUACCGCCGAUCAAUCCGGAAAACGGUGCCUUCUUGAGCUCGGAGAAACUGACCGCGGCGAUAGAAGAAUUCCAGGCGUUCGCCGGACUUAACAUAACAGGCGAGCUGAACGCGGAGACCGCCAAGCUGAUGGCCACGCCAAGGUGUGGUGUUAAAGAUAAAGUUGGACCGGGAGCCGAUGGGAGAUCGAAGAGAUACGCUCUUCAAGGGUCGAGGUGGCGCACGAAGAACCUGACCUACAAAAUCAGCAAGUAUCCGUCCGGCCUGAACCACGCCGAGGUGGACAAGGAAAUCGCGAACGCGUUCAAAGUCUGGUCUGGUUACACCGAUCUGACGUUCACCCGCAAAACAGGAUACCAUGACAAUGUACACAUCGAAAUCAGAUUCGAAAUAGGCGAACACGGUGACGGUGAUCCUUUCGACGGGCCAGGUGGUACCUUGGCGCACGCUUACUUCCCCGUGUACGGGGGCGACGCUCACUUCGACGACUCCGAGCGAUGGACCAUCAAAAGCUACCGCGGCACCAACCUCUUCCAGGUUGCCGCGCACGAAUUCGGACACUCGCUCGGCCUGAGCCACAGCGACGUCAAGAGCGCCCUGAUGGCGCCCUUCUACCGCGGUUACGAUCCUCAUUUUACCUUGGAUCGCGACGAUAUCGACGCUAUUCAGGCUUUGUACGGAAAGAAGACUAACCAGGGAGGAGGAGGAGGAGGGGGUCGAGGGACGACAUCGCGGCCGUCACCGCCUGCCGAAGAGGAUCCCGAAUUGUGCAAAGACCCGAAGAUCGACGCGAUGUUCAACUCCAAGGACGGCGAGACGUUCGUGUUCAAAGGUAAAUACUACUGGAAAUUGACGGACAACGGUGUCGCCAGUGGUUACCCCAGACGCAUCAGCAGCACCUGGAAGGAGCUUCCGUCGAACAUAGACGCCGCGUUCACGUAUCGAAACGGCAAGACUUACUUCUUCAAGGGCUCGCAAUACUGGAGGUACAUCAACACGACCAUGGACGGCGACUACCCGAAAGAGAUCAGCGACGGUUUCACCGGCAUCCCCGAUCACAUCGACGCCGCCACUGUGUGGACCGGGAACGGCAAAAUCUACUUCUACAAAGGAACGAAAUUCUGGCGCUUCGACCCAGCAUCGAAGCCACCGGUGAGGAGCAGCUAUCCCAAGCUGAUCAAGAACUGGCAGGGUAUACCAGAUCACGUCAACGCCGCAGUGACCUACAAGGGCUACACUUAUUUCUUCCAAGACAACGCCUACUACCGAUUCAACGACCGAACGUUCUCCGUGGACAGCGCUGAUCCCGCCUUCCCACGUUCGACGGCGUAUUGGUGGUUCGGCUGCAAGUCCGCCAACAGAGGGACGCUAGGUAAUGAGCUUUGGCCAUUCAAUUUUGCCAGCAAUCUGGACGUAGCUGACGGUGGCAUGUACAGCGAUUACGGUAGUCAUGACAACGUCGGCGACAUCAUUUUAGACGCAGGAGGCACCGACGAGCUCGUCACGUCGUCGAACCACAAUCGCGCGGGCUCCGGGGCGACGGCGACCUUCGGGGGCCAGUCGGAAAGGGCAUGGCAGCUGCAACUUGUGCUCAGCAUCGUAACGACGAUCAUCGCGAGGUUCGUCAUCUCCACGUAAAGGACGGCGCCCGACGUUCCAGCGACUUAUCGAUUGCUCGUCUCGAUCUCGAAGCAACCGAGUGGCAAUAUCGAGUCGACGCGCGCGCGCAAGUUGACGCGAAAGCAUCGACGGCGAUACCGACUCCGUUCGAGGAUACGACGUAAACGUCGCCACGACGAAGGACGUCUCUGUCGCGCCAACGACGCGAUCGUUGGAAGAAAAGAACGUAUCGAAUGUCGCCGAUGCAGCAGUCUAAAUGUUUAGGGAUUCGCGCGUCUCUGCGCAAUUAAGUAUAGAUAGCUAGGAAAUUACGACGACGAGCUGUGUUCUCGCUAGUGCUGCCCCCUGUCCUUUCAACCGCGUGCUGCGAGAGCGCGUCGUUUGAAAAUGACUCGCGCGCGAAUCGUAGUGUAGUCACACUCCUUCGACGUCGGUUCUUCUUAACCGUGAAACAAGAUGAAUGUGAAUGUGAAGUUUGGCGAGAGAAACUGAGAAGGAGGAAACCCGCGGGAGAAAUGUCUUAUAUGUAUAAUUGUAAUUGUAUAUUAAUAUAUAUAUUUAUAUGUAAUCAUAUAUAGCUGUA